GGUUAGUUCACCUGUUAGAGAAACAAUGAGUAUUUUGAAUUUUAUUUCAAUAUGUAAUAAACAGUUUCCUUUAGUGGUGCCAAGGUGGUUAAAGUGACAUAAAGUUUCACUAUAGUCUUAUAUAGUCUGUUAGCUUAAAGACCUGCGAAUAUAUACUUUACUGUUUGAUUAACAACAUAACUAAUCUUCAGAGUAGCCUAUUGUGUGGGACUUCGAUGGUUUGUUAGGAUUAGGCUACCAUAAAAAAAUUAAUUCAUGCUUUGAUUUUGAUAGUUUGAACCGGAUGUUUGGUGUUACAUUCUGGCUAAUUUGACAGCAAUCUUCACAGCAGCUGAGUCUCUCCUUUCCACCUAUAAAAAAAGAGAAAAGCUCACUUGCAGUCAAAAACAAUGAGGGCGCACGACGCGCAACUCGCUCCAAGCGUCUCCAAGAGCAGCGGAGUUUUUCCUCCCGGAGGAUUCAUAGCAUGCGUCUGUGCGGCAGCCGGAGGGAGAAGGACCACAGGGAUAUAACUUGACUCAUCUGCGGAGUUUCUUAUUUUUUGGGGGGAAGAAAUCAUGCCUUUUUGCAAACGGACGGUACUUCCGAAAGAUGUGUGCAAGCCCGACGGCGGGAGGCUGCGGGAGGCGGAGGUUUUCGGGGACUUGGUGGACGUGUGCGGCUUCACCCUGUGCUCCGUGCUCCGACAGCUCUCGGAUCUGUCCCGGCACUCGGUGAGCAUCCUAGAGGAGCUGGAGGGGGAGCUGGUGUCCAUCUGCCACCGGUCCGGCGCGCUGGAGGGCAGAGUGGUCCGGCUGCAGAGGCACGUCGCCGAGCUGGUCAGCAAGCCUCCACCGCGAACCACCAGCGGUCUAGAGGCGGAGAGCGGCAGGCGCGGCGGCAGCAGCAGCAUCAGCAGCCACAACGACGGCAACCAUAGCAGCAGCGCCGGCGGAGGUGGAGGUAGCAGCAGCAGCAGCGGCGCGGCCCACUUCAGGUCUCCAUGGCAACAGAGCGUGAACGUGUUCGGCUCGUGGAGCAGGCCGGAGUGUGUCGAGGAGCUGCACCAGCAGGCGCAGCUCAACCUCCAGAGCCUGCUGCAAGACUUUGAGGAGCAGCUGUAUGACACCAAGCUGACCGGUCAGACUUUCCGGCAUCCAUCCUCGCAGAGCUCUGACGACACGUCCACCUCGUUUAGCCGAUCGCCCAUCUCCCUCAACAACAAGAGACCUGACUUCAUCUUCCUGCCGGCGUCCAAACAGCUCUACGAGGAUGAAACCACCUCCUCGGUGUUUGGACUGAGGUCCGUGACCGACCCGUCUCCCUCGCCGUCCCCGUCGACCUGCGGCUCAGAUCGACCCCCGCUGGGUUGGAGUAGUAACAAUAGCAGCAGCAGCACUGCCACUUCUGCUACCAUCGGCCCACCUGUCGCGGAGAAACCACGCUGGCACCUCGGGAGACGCAUACCAGGUCACUUCCUGCCACUGGACGUAACAGGUGAAGGGGGAGGAGGGAAAUUCCACGGUGUCGACCUCCUCCAGCACUCCCCAUCCCCAUCCCCCUCUCCAGGGGACCCCUUCCCCCACCAGCCACGCUCCCUAGAACCUGUCACGGACACCUUCCACCAGAACCUCCCCCUGAGGAAGACACACUCUGACCUCGACACAACCUUACCUGCAGACAACACUUUGGAGCACAGUGCCCGAGACGAACUUCACCCAGGAACUAUGGACCACUCUGGACUGCUGUGCUCAAACACACCCUCCACUUCCUGGAACGGACCAAAGGGCUCUACCUUUUCUCCCGGAGCGUGGAAUGAGCCUUACAAUUACAGCAUGAACAAAGGCCCAGCAGUUCCGCCCAAACAGCACAGCAUCAUCGGUAAUGCAGGGGGAGGGACGCAGGACGGGUUGAUGUUGGUGAGCUCAGGACAGUCGGUGAGCUCACAUUCCAGUUCAUUCACAUCUGUGACAAACCUUUCUGGGAGAGGAGGGAAUAACAUUCCUGGGAUUUCACUGGCAGCGGCAAUGAUGGGGAAGAGGAGCGAGACAGAAGGGGCUGCAGCGGAUGGAGGAAGAGGAGGUGGAGGAGGGGGGGUAGGGGAGGCAGGAAGAGGACGGGAACGGUCGGCACGUUCCAUAGCAGCGGCAAACGCCUUCAAGUUCCGGGAGCGUUCCCUUUCUACCCCCACAGAUACUGGUUCCUUCUGCUUUACAGAAGGUGGUAUAGGGCCACCAGAUGGGAAUGCCAUGUCUACAGGGAACGGGAAUUCUAUGGCAAUAACAGACCACCACCAACAACAGCAUAACUUCCUAGGUUUGGGUGAGAACUACGCCCUCCUCUACCCUAGAGGGAGCUCUGAAGACAGUGCCAGUACCACAGACACGAUCUCUGUCACAGCUUCAGACUACAGUGCAGAUGGCCGCUUGCGCCUACGCUCACGCUCCAUCUCGCUUAAAAAAUCCAAGCGCAAGCCGCCCCCUCCUGUGAGGAGCGUCUCUCUCAUGAAGAACCUUGGAGAAGCCGAGGGGAGAAUCCACCGUGAAGGCGGUCUUUAUCGGGAUGGCCGGCCCAAGAGCUUGCAUAUCCCCAGGGACCACUUCCCAGACUUCCAGCCUGAUUUCCUACUGCCCAGCUCGUCCUGCUCCUCUAAACCCAAUGUUGGUGAGCAGGAGCUGGGUCAUGGAGGCACUAAUGGACCUCCGAGCCUGGAGGUCCAGGCACCAGAGAGGGAGGUAGAGACAGAGCUGACCUUCCCCACUCACUGGCAGCUGGGGGAGUGGAAGAAUGACCCUUACAGGUCUCUAUCGGGCUCCAGCACAGCAACAGGCACCACAGUGAUUGAAUGUAUGAAAGUCAGAGGCAGCUCAGAGUCUCUGCUUGAUUCUCCCUCCACCUCCAGGGCCACCUCUCCCUCACAGCUCUCCAUGGAAACUGACAUCAAGGCAUCUUCGCCCUUCAAACCCCCAGGACUUAUGUCCCCAUCAAGUGGUUAUUCCAGCCAAUCAGAGACUCCCACCCCAACUGUUCCACUCAGUCAAAUGGCAUGUCAUGGAACAACAGGGACAUUAGGGUGUAAGUUGCGCCCGAAGAUCCCAGAAAGGAAAUCAUCGCUACCAUCACCAAAGGAUCCGGCUGCGAGGUCUAGAUUGUCCUUUGAGAUGCCUGGGAAUGCACAUCUGGAGCUGUCAUCAAUCAAGCCAAAGCAAAAGGCCAGUAGACGGCAUUCUGACACCUCAACAGCUGCAAAACCAGGAAAAAUCAGCCCCAGCUCUUCACAGGCAUUGCCUGUGGUUACUCAGAAUGAGCUGAAGACUGUUCGGCUUCGCUCUGUCUCCCGUGGUGACUUGGAGGACUGCCCUGAUGGGGCAUCUGACACCAUCGAAGAAGAACAGCAUGGCCGAGACCUAGGCGAGGACCCUAGCCCACCACCCACCCUACCAAAACCCAAACCACCUGUCGCUGUCAAGCCCCCAUUGCCUAAGCGGCCCCUAAACCUCCUCAUCAAGUCUCCUUCCCCCGCCUCCACAUCCCCCCUAGCCCUUGACUCACCUCCUGCCUCACCUGUGGACCGGCCUGUACCCCUAGGCAACAUCUACAAAGUCAUGAAAAAACCCAAACCCAAAAAACCUCCACCACAAACUUCAGGUCCCUCUGCUUUCCCUGAUUCUACCAUUGCUCCACAAACUGCCUAUGAUCAUCCAUUCCUCCCCCACUCCCUCUUUGAUCUCCCUCCUCUUCCAGAACCGCAGCCUCUCCUGGAAGACCCAGCAAUGGAGCCUGAAUUUGACACAGACCCAGAGAUCCGUCUUGGUCCGGAGGACGGAGGCUCACUCCCCUCUCCAUGCAGUAACCAGGAGGCCCCAGAGCUCCAGGACAAGAGCAAGACACUCCCCUCAAGGUUGACAAUCUCAUGUCUGGCAGAGCUGUCGGACAAAAAGAAACCCAAGGUUCCACCUCCAGUACCCAAGAAGCCGAAUGUCCUCCUUCUUCCCUCAUCAGUCCACUCCUCCACCAAUGGCAGCACAGAACGUCAGACGCCACAGACCGACAGCCCUGUGGGUCUUCGGUCUCCUGUUGGAGCAUUCUCACUAGAAGAGUUUCCCAGUACUCCUAGUGCUCCUGAUGUGCCAGAGCAAGAUGAAAACCACAUGGGAACAGACGAGGAGAGUUCAAAAGAGUCAUCACUUCAGUCUUCUCUGCAGGAUUCCUCCCUCACAGAGCUGGGUGAGAAAAUGACCUGCGCGGGGAUUGGGGAAGAUGACUCUGCAGCCAAUGAGAAGACGGUACUCCACAUUGCAGAGGAAACAGAUGAUGACUUGUUGCCCAGCACACCUGCAACACACACCACCGAAGACCUGUUCACUAUUAUUCACAGAUCCAAACGAAAGGUUCUCGGUCGAAAGGAGCCGACGGACUCCUUCGGCAGCCGCCAGAGCCUGGUGUCCCCAGUGAAGCACAGCACCAGCGGUAGCGACCUCCGCAAUCUGACCUUAGGCAGCAGUCAGAGGUCGAGCUCCCGCAAUGAAAACUUCAUGGCCCUGCUUCAGAAGAAAGGCAGCAAGUCUUCCAGCGGAGGGGCUAGAGUCUCCGCUAUGGAGCUUCUCAAAAGCACAAACCCUCUGGCGCGACGGGUCACAGAGUUUUCAACCACCAUGUCGACAUCCGGCGAGGGAGGAGACUUGGCAUCCGGAAAUGGCAAACCCAACGAUCAAUGAACGGAAGUAUUGUUAACGGAUGUUUACCAGGUCCGUUUGCUGUUGACAAAGCUACCAACCAAUUCUACAACGUGCCACCCACUGCAGAUGGGGCCUUCUGACUAACAUGUCCAAGUGGAUCGCUCCAACUACUGAUUGACCAUUUGCACUGUCCAGUCAAAUUUGAGCUAAUUUUUGGACAAAAUGGUCCCUCCCAUGUUUGAAGCGCAAUUGUUCCCUGUCAAACCGGUCCCUCUAAGAAAGAGUGAAAUCUGUGGGGAGCAAAGUUUGUUCUCUCUAUAUUUUCAUUGAAAGGUAGAGGUUUUAAGAUUAUGGUUCAACACUGCAUCGUGUUUUGCUCAUUGGGGAUAUGCUCAGUGUGGAGGCUGGAUGGAUGAAUAGAUGGACGGGUGGAGUCUAGACUUGGAAUAUAAGGAUAUACAGUGGAUAUCUUUACUCCUGGCUCCUUCUGGAUGAAGACAACAAAACUCCCUGAUGACCACGAUGGUCAGUGUAUAUGAAUCUGUACUCAUGGUGAUCCACUAGGAUACCAUGGAGGAUCACUAAUCAAAUGUUUGCAAGAAGUAAUGGAAUAAAAUACAGAAGAUGUGAGACUUCAAAUGAUUCGUCUAUGAUUCAACCAAAACCCUCCAACCACCCCUCCACCACUACAGCACCGAUACCUGUAGACAUACAUGACUUGAAGGGUGAAUCUUUAAUGGUGUCAUGAGGCACCUAAGAAAGAAAACAUGCCAAACACCUUGGACAUAACAAUUGUCUUCUCUCAAUGGUAAAUGCAAUGCCAUAGCAUUUUCAGAAAACAGAACAGUCUGAUCUGAGCGGACAAACCGCAGGAUUUACAAAGAGAAACCACAUGUGGGCUUUUUGCCAUCAAAGAUGAGGCAUGACCAUGUCACAGAUUUUGUUGCUCAUGCUAUGAACAUGAACCUUUUACAAAACAUUCCACAGAAGCACCCAGCAAACGGACGACAUUUUGAAAUGCAAGCACUUUUCGUUUUCCUUGGCGUCGGAGGUUGUUUACAUGGCGCAGCCUUUGCGUCGCUAUAUUUUUUUCUUGAGACACUCAUCAAUCAUUAUUUUUUCAGUCUUUGAUUAGAAUUUCUUUUUUUCUUAUAUUUUUUUCCUACACAUGCUAGAUGGCCAUAUACUGUACAUGUUAAAUUGGACUGUACUGUAUGUAUCCUGUACAAAGAUAAAUGUAAUGCAUCUAUCAGUGAAUAUCAUUUGCGGACACGAAGACUAAAAAUAGUGUACAGAGCAGCAAGCAGCUUGGACUACAAACUGCCCACAAGAUGGAGGGAAAAACACACACUCAAACACAGACACACACACACACACACGGACACUAAGGAGUAAUGCAAUGGAAGACAAGCAGAACAGACCUAUCCACACGAGUGUGUGUGUAUUCAUACGAGUGUGUGUUCAGGGGAGAUCUUGCCUGUGGAGUUUCUGUACAGAGAGCAUGAAGCAGGCCUGGUUGUUACACAGGGUUUUUAUUCAUUUUGGUCUCUGGUGAUGGGACCAAAGGACUGUUAAAAAAUACAAACAGACCAGAGGGGACCUAACAAUGUGUGUGUGUGUGUGUGUGUGUGUGUGCUUGUCUGUGUGUUCAUGUAUGUGUUAAGAGGGAAGUGCCAAGAACAAAAUGGGAGAAAGAGAGAGUGCACGUACGUCUGCCUGUUUAUGUGUUUGGAUUUUUGCAUAUUUGGAUUUUCGCGUGUGUGCACAUCGUCGCCCCACAUUCCCACCCCACCCCCAUCCUUUUCUUCGAAUAGGAUUAGAACGAACGAAGCAGACACCCUACACCCACACAUCAUGGAACCAUAAGGAACCCAAAGGGAUUCAGGAACCAAUAGGAUCGAGUAUCGAGAGGAUUCAGGAACCAGUGGAUUAAGGAUUCUGCAAUAGAGUUAGGUAUUCGGGCAUGAGGGAGUCUUGAGACAUCACAACCCCAAGGCCAGUACAGAUCAAGCCAGAGAUCUGUGAGCACUGUCGCAGAGUGCCGUUGCAGGGCCAAUUACUUUGGUUUACUCUCCUCCACGCACGUUUUCACACACCUGUCUCUUUCCUCUCAGAGGUCAGGGGGCGGUCUGUGCCUCCUUCCUGUACCUCCUUUCCACUCGUUCUUCUCCUCCUCUUUUUUAUCACUUCUGGAGCACACGCUGUCUCUCUGCAUAUAGCAUCAUCUUUCCUUUUUCCUCUCAUGGAACCUCUCUUCUGGCACAUAACAGUAGCACACUCUCUCUUUCUCCUUCUUACGCUAUAUGCUGCAACCUCUCUCCGUUUUUUCACGUAGCAUAGCCUCUCUCUCCCUUUCAAUCUUCCUGCCACUGCCCUCCUCCCUUCCUCUUUUAACCUUCUCUCCAUCCUCUCCUCCCUCCCUGGCGCUCCCCCAUUUUCCGUUAACCUUCUCUCCCUCCCUCUCUCCCUCCUCUCUACCCCUCUGCAUUCAGUCUAUGCAUCUGAGCUCGGCAGACGACACGACACCGGAUGAAUGUCAAUGAAUGACUGUUAAGAAAAUAGAUGCUGUGCUUAGUUUGGGAGUGCAAAAAACAUCUUUCAGUGCUUAUCUUAUGCCUUCUCUCUUUCUUGAUCUCUUGAGUUUUUAUACUUUUUCUUAACCUUCCUUUUGAGUAUCCAUGUAACAUUGAAUUAACAUGGAUGUAUGGAAUGGAUCUGUGCACAAACACAGAAACAGGCAGGGUUUGAAUGUGUUUUUGCAGAAAGGACCUUACCUUUUGGAUUGUGAGCAAAACACCCUGUGGUCUUUGACCCCUGACCGACCCUCAGUUCUGGAUCACUCUGUGGACGGUCUGAGAAUUUUGGAUUAGCAGUGGUUCAGCUCUUAACACCUGACUUAUCCCUCCACAUGGAUGGACUGUGUGGAGGGAGGAGGGACCCUUUCAUCUCUUGACUCCCAGUCGGCAAACUAUCCCUCGGUGCUAUUGAGUCGGAGCUCCCCCUGGUGGAUGGAAAAGGAAGGAACCACACAUCAUAACAGAAGAGGGGAAAAAAAACUCCUUCACACAUCUCUCUCUUCCCUACAACAGUCCUUCAGGUAUUCCAUAAUCCUGAAAAAAAAAAAUGAAGAUUUUAAAAAUGCAUAAAUUAUCACCAUUUAUGAUGACUAGUCAAGUGACGCUUGUUUUAAAUAUUUAGUGAAUGAAAAAAGAUAAACCUAUAAAACUCUGUGUUUGUUUGCCUUGUAUACUGAAUUAUGGGCGUAUUGUUGCAGCGCCUACUGUGUUUUUUUUUUUCUUCUUUCAUCUGCCUUGGUAGUACACACACAAACACAACUUUCUGGCCAAAAAACGUUUAUGUUUAAUCUGUAUCUGAUCUGAACAGAAAGGUUUGGAAAUCUGAUAACUAUAAAAACAAAUAUUUGCCCAAAUCUGCAUUGAUAUACAGGUAUGCAGUGUGGCGCAACGAAGUGAUAUUGCCUUAUUUUAGAGCAAUAUCCCUCAGAGCAAUCAAAUAUCUGAGGUCGGGUAACAGAAGUUGGAAGGGAGGGCUGCUAGAUCGAGAAAACUACAAAGUAAGAUGUGGUGUGUAGACACGUGCAUCUAAAAAUGGGGGUGUAGAAGGCCAGGCUGUCAGGAAGAAUGUAUCACGUUUCAGCGCACACAUAAGCUGAAAGGAUGAACAAACCACAGUGUUGUUUUACUUGUUCCUGUGUAGACAAAUAGCAAAUAUCUUCAACAUAGCACAUUUGGUUCACAAGUAGAGGUACAAACAAAGAAUCACAUGGGCAUACUGGUAAAAAGGGUGCUAUCCCUUUUGUAGGGAUACAAUCAUUUAAUAUUGAGAAGAACAUGUUAUGUUUUUUGCAGUUUUUAUAAAUAUUUCUCAGAGGCAGAGUUGCGCCAGGGGCAGAAAUAAUCUCAUUGGUUGGUUUAAUCUACAAGGGGUGGAGACAAAGAACCUGCUGAGACACUACUGCCAACUUGGUGCCAUAUUUUUGCUACUUCGACUAACAACAAACCUCCUGACAAUUGGAACAACUGGCCCUCAGUUUGUUUGGUUGAUCCCUCUGCUCUACGCAGUAUGAGAAAAUCUGGUCACAGUAGCUCCUCCCAUUGGGGAUUUAACGAGCCAAUGAGAGUAGCUUAGCCCACAGAGCAGCCCUGCCCCCAAGAAAUGUCUGUGGAACUAAAUUAUCAAUCAAGAUGUGUUGACAACAUAUAUUGAAAAUUACAUUUCUAUAAAGUGUGAAAUAUAUUGAAUAUUUAAUACAUUAUCCCUUCUUUAGGAGGACAACUAGGGACGAGAGGAAGGAGGGAAAAUGAGGGUGUGGACCAAAAGUUUGCUUCUGCUGAACGUUGGGAUUACCACCAUCAUCUUUCCCUUCACCUCCUCUCUCCCUUUUUCUCAGCUGUCGUGUGACUCAAGAGGAGUAAUCAUGUUAAAAGCUUUCUCCCUCUCACUCUCUCAUUUUCUUCCCUGCAAAGUGAUAAAAGGUAUGGGAAAGCAAGAAAGUACAGAGCACUGCAAUCGCCCGAUAAUUAAUUUGGUUUCAUUUCGGGCUCUGCAGAUACAGAACAGUCACAUAGCAACCUGUUGCUGAGACACAUAAAUAAAAGCUGUGUAGAAGUAAAGUUGGAGACUUUGAGUUCAGGCGAGGACAAUUAUCUCUAAAGCCAACAGGAAGAUCCCAGUUUAUCCGAAUAAGCUAAACAAAGCUAUGUUAGUGUGAAUAAUGUGUUUACAGUAACUUGUUAAGUAUAAUGAAUAGAGCUACGAACAUGAGACAAUAUACCGGACCACCAUAAACAAAUCAAACAUUCCUUCAGACUUUAGACUCAAAGUUGACCACAAAUCGUUCCAGGAUUUGCAAAGGAUUUACAAAUAUAAUCUGUCAAAGACAAAAACAGCUACUACACAAAUCCAAACUGUUUACCAUUUUGUACAGAAAUCUACACAGACACAAAAGCUUAAAAAUAAAAAUAUUGGACCACAUUUAGCAACUGCAAUUUGGCCCAAGAAGAGAACUUGUUUUAACCAAAUGUACAUCUUUACUGUGGAACGUUACUAAACACGCUGUGACAAUUACCUGUGUUAGUUGUGUUGAAUCAAUGUGUGUGGUAUUUCAGGUGAGGGAUUGAGCAAAUAAUUUAGUUACAACAAACUGUUGUCUUUGAAGAAUUUAUUAGUACUAUAGCACAAAUCAGCUGGACCAGAGGUUCUGUCUCCUAGGACAGUCACUAACUUCUGGCCCAGAGCAAAGGGCUGCAUAAUAAUUUAAUAAAUCACACCAAAUAAUAAAAGGAAAAGGUUAAAGAUUUAAAAACAAUAUAGAAGUCAUAAUAAUAACAAAAAAAAGUACUAUUGUAAGUACUUGCCUAAAAGAUUAUAAAAGAGAAAGAAAAAUGUACAAUUCUGAUUUUUACAAUUACAACCGAACAUGUAAACUCAACUACAAGUUCUGCUACCCGAUGACCUGAACCUGUUACUGGUUCUGCUACCCGAUGUGUGUGUUGUGCAAAAUUUGGGGCUCUGGUUGGAUUCGGUUUGGUUAUGUUCAGAAAUAAUAAUAAUCAAGCCAUCUGCAUCCAUGCAUAUCACGUGUUGCAAGUAGAUACGCAGCGUCUACUGGGAAGAUGGAGAAAGAGAGUGUAGCCAAUGCCUUUACAUUUACUAAUGUAUGAAAAAAGCAAAAACUAUGCUGUAGCUUUGGGUGUCAAGUCAGGUUCGGGUUUUUGCGCAAAACAUGGACAUCUUGACUGUAGCUCAGAACAAUAAAAUAGUACUAAACUCAAAGCCCCAAAACAUUAAAUUGGAAAAAUUAUAAAUCACCACAACUCUUCUAGUUUCAAUGACCUACUCCCUGCAAAUCCAUGCACGUCAGCAAUUUAGUUGAGAACUACAUUCUGCAAAAGUACACGCCAAAUGUCUAUUCCACAGCAAGAGGAUAAAAUAUACAUUAUUAUCACGAGUAACCAUGUUGCUACAGUUAAAAAACUUUUUGUUGCUUUGAAUGCAACAAACCCAACUCUGAUUGAGUUUCACUGACUUGUGAUGGGCUACAACAAACCAAGAAAAUCACUAAUCGGACUAAAGCCUCAUUGCCCGAAUGUAGCCCUUUUGUAAUUAGCUGAAAGUUACAAGUGUCACAAGUUACAAGUCAAUAAAUACAUGGUUUGAAGUGUGGUCCGGCUUUAUGAGUGAGUGAAAGAGGGGGAAAAAGAAGAGCAGAGAAAGAAGGUUACUGGUUGCAGAUUUGGGCCAAAGAGUAUCUUUCAUUUGUUUUAGGAGUGCUAGAGGGGUGGGGUUUACAGUGUUUGGCAUGCUUUCCAUCAUGAAAACUGAUGUCCUUUGCUGGUAAACCCCACCCUCCUGCCACUCUUAGGCAAAGUAAAACAAACCCCAAAACUCAAUUGUUACCCCAGUUCAGGGGCUGUACAGGCAGCUUAUAAAGAAACAGAGAUGAUAAUUAGAGAGACAUAGAGAAAGACAGACAGAGCUAUUGGAAUUAUUCUAUUUUUGUUAUUCCCCAUUGAAAAAGACAUAUUUAAAGGAAUAUUCCGUGUAUGUAAUGAAUAUCCUCUGUUUCCCUGCCCCAUCCAAUGGUGUGAUCUGUAGCUGCGAGGUGGCGUCACAGACAAAUGCUUCCCUCUGCAGCUAUGCAAUGCCAAUGUGAUGAAAUUAUUAUAUCAAUAUAAAUAAAUUAUUUUUCUUGCUUAAAACA